UCUUUGAAUCCAAAGUGGAAUGAAGAAAUACUAUUCAGAGUCCACCCUCAGCAGCACCGGCUUCUUUUCGAAGUGUUUGAUGAGAAUCGUUUGUGCUAUUUGGUGCUUACUUUGUACCGGCAAGACCCCAAGAGGAUCAGAAGAAAUAAGUGCUUGCAGUGAAGCACUUUAUUACUAAGCCUGGUUUGCAACUGUUAUAUAUCUCCUACAACACAACAGUAUCUCAGUCCACCCAGAUAAAAGUCAACAAAUAUGUGUUUAUAACCACAGAGAAAACGUUGACUGGCCAAAUGCCUGCAGUUCAUUAUUUAACGUUAAUAAUUAGAGGACUUUUCUCAUUAAAUGGAGAUGUGAGGUCGUGCCUCCUAGCCUUGUGGUGAAUUACUUAGUACCAGAAGUAAAACUGAAGUCAUUGGAAAAAGCAUGAAAUGAUCAGGACUUUUCCUACUUUACAGAAAAGAAUAAAAUACAGGGAUAUUAUUGCAGUCUGUCAAAUCAUAAAGGAAAUAGGUUGUCUAAAACAAAAAUAAAGCUGGGCGUGAAAAAAGGAGGCUGGGCAUGGCGGCACAUAUGUGUAAUCCUAAUAUUGGGAAACUGAGGCAGGAGGACCCUGGAUUUGGAGCUUAGCAGCAAUGGUGAAUGUUUUAGAGCCUUCAGUCACACAUAUAAGGGGUGCGUGCCACAGGCUCACUGCCACUGACAGCGAGACCUUGUCUGUCCCAAUAUAUAAAAUAAAAAAGGCCUAAAGAUGUAGUUUCGUGGGGAGGCUCUAGUUUCAGUCCUUAACAAUCACAGAUUACAAAGCUUAUGCAAGCGCUUUAUCACUGAGCCCAGUUCACAACUGCUUUAUACCUCCUAAGACACAACAGUAUCUCAUUCCACUCAAAUAAAAGUUAACAAAUUCAUUUAUUUCUGUGUUGUCACGUCUUGAUUAAAAAUACUUUUUAGAGAAUUGUGACUGAACAAAGAUCAAAUUUGAAUAGAUUUUCUUUUCAAACUAUGAGUAUAUGUUUUUACAUAUUUGUAAUUACUUAGAAAAAAACUUACUUAGAAAAAUACAACUUGGGUGUAGUGCCAUGUGGUGUAAACAACUGAACUAUUUUACUUUUUACUUUCCCAUGAAUGAGCCAGUAUGUAUUUAAGACUGGAGUUCCAGCUAUAAAAUUCAGGUAAGGGCUUUAAAUACACCCUAGAGUAUUAUUUAAAAAUAAAUUUGUUUCUUUCAAACAGAAUACCAAUCUUGGUCUAUGACAUUUGGAAGAGAAAUUAAAUUAUUAAACUUUUACUGCCUUGUAAACUGAAAAUAAAGGUUAUAUAAAUACAAAGCAGCAAAUAUAUGUAGAUAUACAACAUCAUAACCUCUAACAAGACAAACACUGUACUGUUCUCUACUGUGAGGGUUUAUCAGUGCUGGUAACUCCAUCUCCAGGGCAGGGCUAGUAUUUGGAAAGGUAAACAAGCAUGGACUUUGUUUAUACAGAGAAAUGUGCAGCAGGGUUUGUUUCUGUAUGGAUGUGGAACAGCUCCAUGGAUUGUUUCACAGCACCGGUAGGGGCCGGCAAAGAGCUCUUAGAGCUUUUAGAACAGCAUUGGCAUUGAGGUAUGUUUAUUUGAUGUGUUAAAUCUGUUUUAGUCUUCGUUACUCACCACAACCUCUGUUAAGUGAAUGGAUUGCAGACAGUGGAAUGAAAUGCCCAAUGUGCUCAAAUUAUACUGGGUAUAGUUUUCCUGUCUAAUCUGCAUAUAUUUUUAAUGGAAUGUUUGCUUAGGCUAUUUCUUGGCAGAAUUUUAAUAGUCAAACUAUAAAUGGCAUCAUUUAAAGACUGUACUACUUGGCUGGGAAAGGCCUUAAAAUUACAGGAGAAAAUGCUUGGUGACAGCAUUUCUUACAUUUCUUUUUUUCUCCCUCAAAUAUAUGUUCAUUUUUGCAGUAGUGCCACUGGGUUUAAUUUGUCACACUGUGUGUAAGCUUUCAUUUUUUGUAAUUCUGAAGCCAAAAAUAUCUUUUGAUUUAAUGCUGAAGAUUUAAUUCACCCCGUUUUGGUAUUUCUAAAUUUGCACAACUGUUUGAAUUUUCUCCUUUUAAAAAAACUUAACAGUCCAUAUUUCUUUCUGCAUUAACUAACUUGCCAGGAUUCCUAGUAUGGCCACUUUUUGGAAAUUUAAUCUUUGAUACUCAAUUACGUGGGCUUCGUUCCUACCAACUUCCUGUAAUUCUAUACCUUUCGGUAAAAAUAUUAGUGGUCAGACUCUGCUGGAGAAAGUAUAGGCACUGAGACUCUCUCCCAGAAUUAAGUGUUCAUUUAAUAGAGCUGGUGUGAAAAAAUACUGUUUCAUCUUGAAAUGCGAGGGGCCGUUGUUCUUGUGUUACUCAUUCAUGCAAGUUGGAGAAGGUAUAAUUGAAACAAGGUUGGCUGUGUUCUAGUCAGUGUGCUCCUGAGCUCGCUCAAAGGUCGCUGGAAAUCAAGUGCUGUGUGAGUGAAGACGUUUGGACUACAAGCGAUUCAAGACAUUUGGGGAAUGUGCGUCCAGGAGUGGGUCACUGUUCUCUUUUUAUGAUAUCUGGUAUCUAAUGUUUUAAGCAGGAUAAAGACCACGACUUGAGAGCUCUGUCAGGAGCCACAAAUGACUGCUGCUUUUGCGGCAGCGCAGCUGCUUCUAGCCUGUGUGAGGACAGAGAUCUUUGUUUUGACUCUCAGCCCUUAACAUGUUUGGAAAUGAGAACAAAUGGCACAAAGCUUACGAUUGCACUUUGCAGCCCGAAGAAGUAAUACUUACCCUUUGUCAGAAAGCUCCGGAGAUGAUCUGGAUAACCGGCUUCAUAUAUCCUUCCAAAGACCAGCACAGAUUUCCUCAGCUAAUGCUGUUCAGAUGGAGCUGAAGGCUCAGGAAGGAGCCUGCAUUCCUUCACCUGAGAACAUCGGUAAGAAGAGCAGCUGCCUACAGAUUUCACUGCAGCCCACGAAAUACAGCGAGUGUCUUCAACCCAGCAGUGUCUUAGUGGACGGUGACGGUGAAGAAGCUUUGUUUCUCUGUGCUGUCAAGGGCGGCAUCCAGACUAGUGUUGGGAGUGAUGGUCACCUCAUAAGCAGUCCUGCUGUCAGCAGUGGAAGCCUUGGUAGCUUUGCAGCCAGUGAUCAUGGAUCCUACAGCAGCGUCAGUAGUGAUUAUGGAUCAUGUACAAGCAUCACCAGUGGAGGCUCCUACACCAGCAGUGUCAUCAGUGACAAUAAUGGUUACGCUUUUCUACCCACUGAUGACACAUUUUUUGGUGGAAAUUUAUCUGCUGACAGCACGUCUGACAGAAAUGCACCAAACAGGAAUACCACUCCCUGUGAGAAUGUUUCAAGAAAUCCAAGCAGAGUUCCUUCUGUCCAGGCUGACUUAGAGCAUGGAAUCAAAACUGUGAAAUUACCAGUGAGCAGGAAUGCAAAAAUUCCACUAAAACGUUGCUCUUCCUUAGUCAUUUUUCCUCGGAGUCCCUCAAACACACCACCAACUUCUCCGACAAGUACAGGUGUUCUCCCGAGCAAGGGGUCCUACCAAACCUCACAUCAGUUCAUUAUUUCCCCUAACGAAGUUGCACAUCGUGAGGAUGGUUCCAGUGCAAAGGGAUUUCUUUCAACUGCUGUCAGUGGGCUUCGAUUAUCUAAAAUAGUCUGUGCUCCGGCAGAAGUCAGAGAUAAACGACCUCUUCAUUCAGGCUCAUCCCAGAAGAAAGUUGUGAUUUCAAAUAAUAGUCCAAAACAGACUGUUUGUGAAAAGUCAUCUGAAGGAUAUUCAUGUGUUUCAGUGCAUUUUGCCCAACAAAAAGCAGCCACAUUAGACUAUGACACAACAAAUGGUGAUUGUAAACUGGAGAUGUCAGAAAUUCCACUUAAUUUUGAUGCAAAGUAUACUAAGCUUGGGCACAGGACAUCUGCGUGUUUAAAAUCCACCCAACACAUGGAUUACCAAAGAAAAUGCAAUGCAGAAUUAAGAAAACCAACUUCACAGAUAAACAAAAACCACACUGUUUUACAAAGAAGUAUUUCAUUGGGAGGAACUUACCCAAAUACUUCCUGUUUAUCCAGUCUUAAACACAGUUGUUCUAAAGGGGGACCAUCGCAGUUACUCAUAAAGUUUUCAUCUGGAAAUAAAGGUAAAAUUGACAGUUUAUCGAGAGACAGCAUCAGCAAUUUCACAAAUGGAUUAUCUAAUUCUUGCAAGACAAGAGAUGAUUUCCUAGGUCAAGUGGAUGUUCCUCUUUAUCCAUUACCGACAGAGAACCCAAGACUGGAGAGACCAUAUACAUUUAAGGACUUUGUUCUUCACCCAAAAAGUCACAAAUCAAGAGUUAAAGGUUAUCUGAGAUUAAAAAUGACUUAUUUGCCUAAAACCAGUGGCUCAGAAGAUGAUAAUGCAGAACAGGCUGAGGAAUUAGAGCCUGGCUGGGUUGUUUUGGACCAACCAGAUGCUGCUUCCCACUUGCAGCAGGAGCCGUCUCCCCUUCCUCCAGGGUGGGAGGAGAGGCAGGAUAUCCUCGGGCGGACCUACUACGUGAACCAUGAGUCCCGGAGGACCCAGUGGAAAAGACCAACCCCCCAGGACGACCUCACAGAUGCUGAAGGUGGUGACAUUCAGCUGCAAGCACAGCGUGCCUUUACCACCAGGCGGCAGAUAUCAGAGGAAACAGAAAGCAGUGACAUACAGGAGUCCGAGAAUUGGGAGAUUAUAAGAGAGGACGAAACUGCCGUGUCCAGCAGUCAAACCUUCCCACCACCUCCUCCACCAGGUCUCCUGGAUGUUCAGCCCCAUCUUGCAGAAGAAUUGAGUGCCAGGCUCACUGUUCACCAAAAUUCAUCUGCCAGCCAGCCAGCAGCCAGCUCAAAUCACGCCAGCAGCAGAGGCAGCUUGCAAGCCUAUACUUAUGAGGAGCAGCCAGCACUUCCUGUGCUUUUGCCUACUUCAUCUGGAUUGCCACCAGGUUGGGAAGAAAAGCAAGAUGAAAGAGGAAGAGUGUAUUACGUAGACCACAAUUCCAGAACUACAACCUGGACAAAGCCCACUGUGCAGGCCACUUUGGAAGCCAGCCCAGCACCCUCUGGCCAGGGCUCUUCUGCCGGCCUGCCGGCCACCGAGAGAGACACCAGGCAGCCUCCUGCCCAGCCGCCCGAAAUCCAGCACGGACUCCUUCCAAAAGGCUGGGAGGUUCGGCAUGCACCAAAUGGGAGGCCUUUCUACAUCGACCACAACACCAAAACCACCACCUGGGAAGAUCCAAGAUUGAAAAUUCCAGCUCAUCUCAGAGGAAAAGCACCACCUGAAUAUUCCGGGGACCUGGGGCCUUUACCUCCAGGAUGGGAAGAAAGAACUCACACAGAUGGAAGAAUCUUCUACAUAAAUCACAAUAUAAAACGAACACAGUGGGAAGACCCUCGGCUGCAGAAUGUAGCCAUAACUGGACCAGCAGUGCCCUACUCCAGGGAUUACAAAAGAAAGUACGAGUUCUUCCGAAGGAAGUUGAAGAAGCAGAAUGACAUUCCAAACAAAUUCGAAAUGAAACUUCGCCGAGCCACUGUGCUGGAGGACUCUUACCGAAGGAUCAUGGGUGUGAAGAGAGCUGACUUCCUCAAGGCCCGGCUCUGGAUUGAGUUCGAUGGGGAGAAAGGCUUAGAUUACGGAGGCGUGGCCCGGGAGUGGUUCUUCUUGAUCUCCAAGGAGAUGUUUAACCCUUAUUAUGGGUUGUUUGAAUAUUCUGCUACGGAUAAUUACACCCUGCAGAUCAACGCGAACUCUGGGUUGUGUAAUGAAGAUCACCUCUCUUACUUCAAGUUUAUCGGCAGGGUAGCGGGGAUGGCAGUGUAUCAUGGCAAACUGUUGGAUGGUUUUUUCAUCCGCCCAUUUUACAAGAUGAUGCUACACAAGCCAAUAACGCUCCAUGACAUGGAGUCUGUGGAUAGUGAGUAUUAUAAUUCACUGAGAUGGAUUCUUGAAAAUGACCCAACAGAACUGGACCUAAGGUUUAUCAUAGAUGAAGAACUUUUUGGACAGACACACCAACAUGAGCUGAAAAAUGGUGGUUCAGAAAUUGUUGUCACCAAUAAGAACAAAAAGGAAUAUAUUUACCUUGUAAUACAGUGGAGAUUUGUCAAUCGAAUUCAGAAGCAAAUGGCUGCUUUUAAAGAGGGAUUUUUUGAACUAAUACCACAGGAUCUCAUCAAACUUUUUGAUGAAAAUGAACUGGAGCUUCUCAUGUGCGGGCUGGGAGACGUGGAUGUGAGCGACUGGCGGGAGCACACAAAGUACAAGAACGGCUACAGCGCAAGUCACCAAGUCAUACAGUGGUUCUGGAAGGCUGUUUUAAUGAUGGAUUCAGAAAAAAGAAUACGAUUACUUCAGUUUGUCACCGGUACAUCCCGGGUGCCGAUGAAUGGAUUUGCUGAGCUAUAUGGCUCCAAUGGACCACAGUCCUUCACAGUGGAGCAGUGGGGCACCCCGGAGAAGCUUCCCAGAGCUCACACCUGCUUCAAUCGCUUGGACCUGCCACCCUAUGAAUCAUUUGAAGAAUUAUGGGAUAAACUUCAGAUGGCAAUUGAAAACACUCAGGGUUUUGAUGGAGUCGAUUAGAUUACAAAUAACAAUCGAUGGUGUUUUUGCUGCCAGUUUUAUAAACAAAAUUAUGACUUAAAAUUUUCCAGGGAACUACUAAAACUCAGCCACUGAUUGUUCCCAGUUACUGGAGAAAACCGUUAAAACAUUAGAAGAAAUAGUAUGACAGUUUUGCUAUUAUUUCAGUCAAUUUAAGUAAUGUGCAUUGAUACAGUUACUUCGUCCUGUCUGUAGAGCUCUCACUAUAGGACAUGAAUCCAAGUGCCUGCAGGAGUCAAUUCUGUCCUUAACAUUUACCUCUUACAGUAUUUGCCAUGCAGAUCUUCCUUAAACUACUGAAAUUAUAACUGUGAAAUAUUUGUGAUAGGUGUCACAUGAAAAGUUUGAUGCUUUUUUUGAGAAGGAAAACUGCAAUUUGAGAAAAAUACUUUAGUAUUUAGUGCUACGUAAGUUUAGUGCUACAUAAGCUAUUUAUUACUUUGUAGAUUUGCCCAAUGCACCUUACGUCAUCCUAGAGUUUUAGGAAAACCUUGGAGGCUGUAUUACCUACAUUUUUAGCCAGUCGACUUGCAGCAAAAUUGUUCAGUUGUUCAUUUUAAAAGUAUUAAACUUUCAUUAAUAUGAAGCUUUACUGAACACAGUAACUUCUGAGAGGGGCAAAGUCCUGCUGAGGACACAGUGUUGGAGCAUCCUUUGCCUGACCCGGCAGUGCUGCUCCUCAGAGUUCACACGUCUCCUGCAAACCCCAAGGUCUCACGGAGCAGUGUUCUUACUGCGCCUGGAACGGCGGGUUGGGGUUGUCUGCACGGCUCCCUGGUGAGCAGUGAGUCCGUGUUUACAGGAUUGAUCAUGUUUACAGGUGAUAUUCAUUGCUGUAGUUACAUUUUUAUAUUUUUAUUAUCACUUUAAUAUAGAAAACCAAAUAAUGUGUUUAAAAUAGCCAAAGAAUAGUUAAGUCCAUAAUUUGUAUUGAAUUUAUUACCAUAUUUCUUAUAUUUUUCUAAAAAAUACUGUUUACUGUGCAAACGGUGGUGGUUUGUUAUAAAUCAGGAGCCCUCUAGUCAGAAUGCCACAGGUAGUGGCGACCUCGGCCAGACUGAAACACCUGGGGCUCAGACUUGGUCCGGCCAGCACCGGGGGCCCAGCAUGUUUGGCGCCAUGCGAUGCCCCCGUGGUGGGUACAAGUGCAUGAAUGAACAUGAGGGUGAGCAGAAUAAGACAAAAGGAAAAGCGUUCUUUGCUUUUUUGUUGUUUUUGACGAGGAACAGGGAUUGAGCCCAGGGCCUUUGUAUUAAGCUACAUCCCACUCCAUUUUCCUUUUUUACUUCUUAUUUUGAGACAGGGUCUUGCUAAGUUAUCAAGUUGCCCAAGAUGGAGUGGAACUUGCAGUCUUCCUGCCUCAGCCUCCUACAGUGCUGGGAUUCUAGGUGUGGGAGUAUUCUAGGUCCCAGCACACUUACAGAGAUGGAGUGUAUCAAGACUUUAUUUCUGUGUUUCAUCCCUGUAUUGGAAUAUUAUUCAGAAAAUGGUUUUACAUUUCAACCUGUUUCUUAAUAUGGUAUUUUGGUGAUAGGGGAAUAAUCAGAAAUAUGUGUUGUGAACAUUCUUAAAUACAUGCAGAUGUGCUGAGAGACAGGUCAGUACUUCGGCAGGGCCCAUGUCCGUUGGAGUAGCAUGGUGAGUGCUCAUCAGCGCUGGCUCCAGGUGCCAACGACAGCAGGAACCCAGUUUAUAGGGUGCCCGCGCAAGCAUGUGGAGGGCCAUUCUCCUAAGUGCCUCCACCCACGUCUCGGUGUGGUGCUGGCUUCAUCUCCUGUGUGGGAACAGAAGCAGCUGACUCUUCCCCAGUCACACAGUGUUGUGGGGCCCACCUUGUGUCAUGCGAGACCGUGGUGAGCUCUGAGCCUGAACACCAGAAAGGCAUGUGCAGAGCCUGCCAACCAGGAAAGGCUUGGCUGUGGCCACCAGGCAGUGCCCAAAAGGGGCCACACUGACCACCUGGGUAGCACCUUCAUCUGAAAGGAAAGUGGCUCAGAGAGCGUGACAGGGCAGGGGACAUGUCCAACCCUGAGCAUGUGCUGCAUGUGAGUCAUCAUCCGGAUUCAGGACGACCUCCGUGUGGGCAGUAUGUCUGGCACUGGCCUCAGAACAUAGAACUGAAUGAGAAAGCAGGAUUUUCCAUGGCUGUACAAGUAGCAUUUUGUGAAGUAUCGUCGGCAUCAGCUUCAGGAAGCGUCAGGUCUGCCCCAUCCCAUCGCUCACACUUGGACAGUCCUGUGGCUCUACCAGGAAAUGGUGUCCAUGAGAUCAGACUCCACCUGCCACCGCCACCGCCGCCUUCCUCCUCACGGGACCCUCGCCCUUGGCAUAGAGCUGACUCCAGGGCUUCCUCAGAGGGAGCCAGGAACAUCCUCAAGAGAAAGCCAGGACAUCUACGUCCCUGGACAUCCCAGCACAGCAUUUGAGCUCACGCUUUCUCAUCAAAUGUUAACAAACAUAGAAUUGUAUUACAAAUGCAGAUUUCAAUGGUAUGCAUUUUAGUUUAUAUUUGUAACGCUGAAGUUAUUCCACAUAAGUAUCAAGUUAUAUUCAAUUCAUGUUGAUUACAAGCUAUUUGACAUUGUUUUUUAAAAUCUUAUAUGGUAAAUAUAUAUUAAGAUUAAUGUGUCAAAAUUUAUUACAUACUUUAUAAAACCAUUUUUUUAAAACCUGCCACAAGUAAAGUUUACUCUAAUUUUAAAAACAA